AUGAGUUUCCUCCCAGGAAAAGGCCUGCUGCUUUCCUGGGGUCUGCUUGUCUCGUGCUUGUCCCAGACCUCCGCUGCGGGGAGAAUAGAUGGCUAUACAUACGGCCAACCCAUGCCAGUGACAUGCUUAAAUCGGACCAUUGACUCUGGCGAACACAUCACCGACAACCUCGGCAAACUCCAAUAUAUCCCCUUUCCAACAUGCAACGAGACACUCCUCCCGCUGGCCCUCCGCUACGGCGUCACAGAAACCGUCAAUUGCACCAUCUCCUCCCUCCCCGAUGAGCUCUACCACCUCCUCGAAUACUACGUCCACUCCGACGUCCCCAUGACAUGUCGCAUCCCCACUGCGCCUCUCUCCCAAUCCUCACCGACGGACCCGAAUUCCAAAUCCACCGACAAAGAAGCCGAAGAGCGCGACGAGCAAUCCAGCCUCUCCGUGCUCGAAGACAAUGGCCCGCCGUAUACCCCGAUUACCUUUGCUCUCCAGGGCACCCUGCAACGCAGCCACCUGCACAUUUGGACGGACAUGAACGUGCUCGCGCAUAAUAUCCCCAAAUCAUCAUCAUCAUCAUCAUCAUCAUCAUCAUCCAAGAAACACAAAAAGGGCAAAACAGCCGCCCCGGGCUACAUCGUCGCUGGCACCGCAUACUCCGUCCCAGAAUUCGACUUCGCCCUUCUCAAAACCAGCGACGGAGACACCCCCGUCGAGAAAGAAGCGUCGGCUGUCUCCGAAGCAGCGAGGGAACCGUGGACAGCCGGCCACGGAACAAAAGUGAUCCGCGGGGAGCCCCUGACGUUCACAUUCCAUGUUAGUUGGGUAGAAGGGGGCAGUGGGAUUGGAUGGCCGUCGCGGAAUACGAAGGCUUCGCCGAAAUCCUUGCUGGUGGGGUUGCUCGGGAAUAUGUUGCUGUUCGCGAUGGCGGCGUCAAUAGGGGGGUUUUUUGCGCUGUGGUGGGAGCGUAGACGGACAGGGAAACGGGGAGCGUGGAGAGGGGAUGGGAUUUUGGGCGUGCCGACUUUAGGGAAGGGCCCUGUUGGGGUUUCGUUUGGGAAUGGGGGGAAGCAGAAUGGAUAUGGAGGGUAUUCGGGCGGGGGAGGAGCAGGGUGUCCUUCUCCACCGCUCAAUCCGCAAAUUCUUCUUCAUCUGGCCGCGUCGCACAUGAAACUUCUGCGCAUUGGACUGCUGCCGCACCCGGUUCACCGCACAAGCAGUCUGCAACGACCGCAACGCCGCCGCGAGAUCCACGCCACGUUCGGGCUCCACGAAGACCUGGCGGCCCAGCGUAGGACCCAGCUUCAGCUCGACUUUACGGACGGGGAGCGCGACGUUCUGUCGCUGGGAGGAGAUGGCGCUUUGGCCGGCUGCGCGGGAAAGAGAGAUGGCGUCCAAGCCCGUGGCGCUGGUGCUGUCGGCUCCGAAGGAGCGACCGGGUCGGGCUGCUGCGGAGGUGCCGUCUGCGUCCGGGAUGGUUCUGCGGCUAAUUUUAUCCCCGGGUAUCAAAAAAUGUCAUCUAUCACUAUCGCAACGCUCCCGCGCAUGAGCCGCGAAGUGCUUUCCGCGCUGCUCCUGGCUUCUACCACGGCCGCUACUACCCCUCAUAACCUAGCAAUCAUCGACGUGCGGGACUCCGACCAUGUCGGUGGCCAUAUCGUCUCCUCCACCUGGGUUCCUAGCUCUACGCUGGACUACCGCAUGCCCGAACUCGUGCGGACACUGAAAAACACGAAAAUGGUGGUUUUCCAUUGCGCGCUUAGCCAGCAGCGUGGACCAUCCGCGGCCCUACGGUAUGCCCGGGAGCGUGAGAGGAUUCUUGGCUCGGAGGAAAGUAAGGACCAGGAGGUGUUUAUUCUAGAGGGAGGGUUCGUGCAGUGGCAGGAGAAGUAUGGGAAGGAUGAGCGCUUGACCGAGGCGUAUGCGGAGGAUAUUUGGCAGGAGUAUUGA